GAAGCUCCCUCUUUUCUCAACUCUCCCUCUCCUCCUCCUCUCUCCUACAUUCUCUGCUUCUCGGUAGAAACGAGACACACUCACAUCUCCAGAACUUCGCCUCUCCCUCUCUCUCUUAGAGGAAAGAAGAGGACCGCCAUUAAUUUCCCAGACCUUCUUUUGAACCUUCAUUCCCUCUCCCGCCAGCAGAGACGAUGGACCAGCUCGCAAAGUGCCCGGCCAACUACGUCCCCCUGACGCCCACCACUUUCUUGCAGCGGGCCGCCAGCGUCUACGCCGAGAGGACAUCCAUCAUCUACGGCGGCCUCAGCUUCACCUGGAAGCAGACCUACGAGCGGUGCCGGCGCCUGGCCUCCUCCCUCCGCUCCCUCAACAUCGGCAAGAACGAUGUCGUCUCCGUCCUCGCUCCCAACAUCCCCGCCAUGUACGAGAUGCACUUCGCCGUGCCCAUGGCGGGCGCCGUGCUCAACACCAUCAACAGCCGCCUCGACGCGAAUUCAGUUGCGACCAUUCUCCGCCACUCCGAGGCCAAGAUGCUGUUCGUCGACUGCCAGCUCGUCCGGCUCGCCCGUGACGCGAUCAUGCUGCUUGUCGGCGACGCCGUCGACUCAAUGGCGCACGCCGGCGCCUGCCCGGUGCCGCUGGUGGUCGUUAUCGACGACCUGGACAAGCCCACCGGCGCCCGAAUGGGGGAGCUGGAGUAUGAGCGCCUGGUUGGGGCUGGGGACCCUGGCUUCACACCGGCGCCGCUGGAGGACGAGUGGGAGCCCAUUACCCUCAACUACACCUCCGGCACCACGUCGGCGCCCAAGGGCGUGGUUUACAGCCACCGUGGGGCCUACCUCAGCACCCUCAGCCUGGUGAUGCAGUGGGACAUGCCCACCGCCCCCGUCUACCUCUGGUCCCUCCCCAUGUUUCACUGCAACGGCUGGACCUUCACCUGGGGAGUCGCCGCCCGCGGCGGCACCAACGUCUGCAUUCGCAACACCAGCGCCGCCGAGAUCUACCGCGCCAUUGCCGACCACGGCGUCACCCACAUGUGCUGUGCCCCCAUCGUCUUCAACAUCAUCCUCAACGCCACCCCCGCCGAGCUCCGGCGCGUUGACCGGACGGUCGAGAUCCUCACCGGCGGGGCCCCACCACCGGCAGCGCUGCUCCAGCAGAUCGAGGAACGUGGCUUCCACGUUACCCACGCGUACGGUCUUACGGAAGCAACCGGGCCGGCUCUGGUGUGCGAGUGGCAGACACAAUGGGACGAGCUGCCCUGCCAAGACCAGGCCAGGCUGAAGGCCAGGCAAGGCGUCGGCGUCCUGAGCCUCGCCGAUGUCGACGUUAAGGACCUGGCCACGAUGGCGAGCGUGCCGCGCGAUGGCCACACUGUCGGCGAGAUCGUGCUGCGCGGUAGCAGCAUCAUGAAGGGUUACCUCAAGGACCCCGCUGCAACCCAGGAAGCAUUCAAGGGCGGCUGGUUCCGGACCGGCGACGUUGGCGUCAUCCACGCCGACGGCUACGUGGAAAUAAAAGACCGGUCGAAGGACGUGAUCAUCUCCGGGGGCGAGAACAUCAGCAGCGUCGAGGUCGAGGCCGUGUUGUAUGGCCACCCGGCCGUGGCCGAGGCCGCUGUAGUGGCAAUGCCUCACCCGCACUGGGGCGAAACUCCCUGCACGUUUUUGGCGCUCAAGGAAGGGUUCGCCAAGGAAGGAGUGGAGCAGGAGGAGAUGGUGUCCUUCUGCCGGAAGAAGCUGCCGGGUUACAUGGUGCCGAAGAAGUUCGUGUUUCUGCCGGAACUCCCCAAGACAUCGACGGGGAAGAUCCAGAAGUUCCAGCUCAGGGUCAUGGCCAGAGGCUUGAGUGCAGGCAACGCCGGCGCGCCCAAGAGGAUGCCGUCGUUCAAGAGACAGAGCUCCAUGCCCAAAGUGAAGCAGUACAACAACAACAGCCACCACCAGCCGGUGAUGGCCAGGUCUCGCUUGUGAGCGAGUUGUUCGGAGACAAUAACGGCAAAAAAAAAAAAAAAAAAAACUUUGCCUUGCAAGCCUGGCCAAUGUGUACAUAGCUUCUCUUCUUCGCCCUCACUCAGUAAAGGGCUGCCUGCAGUUUACGUAAUUUUUGUUUCGAUUUAUUUGUUUAUAAAACUUAUUUGUUCCUUAAUUCAUAAAUAUGAGACUUCUUUUCUAGUCUA